AUGGCCACCACCGUCUCCCCCUCGAGCGUGCUGCCCGCCCAGCAGGAGCAGAAAGCGACCAUCGAGACGCCCCCCAGAGCGCCGUCGCCCGUCCAUCGCUUUGGCACCAGAGCCGUCCACACCGGCGCGCCCAUCGAGCCGACCACCGGCGCCGUCAUUGCUCCUGUAAGUCCUGCUGCUGCUGCUGCUGCUGCUGCUGCUACUCUAUAG